AGCUUUCAACUCAACGCCGAGUCUAUGGGGAACAAAGUGGUGACAUUCACCGAAGAGCAACUUGAAGACUACCAGGACUGUACAUUUUUUACAAGGAAAGAAAUUCUGAGGGUGCACAAGAGGUACCGGGAACUGGAUCCCCACAAGAUCCCCAAGGAGAUGACAGGUGACGAGGCUCACACGGUCACUGUGCCUUUGGAGAAAGUGGAGAAGAUGCCGGAGCUCAGGGAAAAUCCUUUCCGUCGGCGUAUCUGCAAAGUGUUCUCCCAUGACGGCAGUGGCAACAUGACAUUCGACGAUUUUCUCGACAUGCUCUCAUGUUUCAGUGAACAAGCGCCCAGGGACGUCAAAGUCGUUUACGCUUUCAGGAUCUACGAUUACGACGGCGACAAGUUCAUCGGUCCCGACGAUAUUAAGCAGGCGACCAUCGCCCUGACGAGGAGCGAGCUGAACGCCGAAGAGGUCGGAUUGGUGGUAGAGAAAGUUCUGGAGGAAGGUGACAACGACGAUGAUGGGAAGCUGUCCUUCAUGGAGUUCCAGAGCGUCAUCUCCAAGGCACCGGACUUCCUCUCAACAUUCCACAUUCGAAUUUGAAAAUGGACUCAAGCAUACUCUCAUUACAUGGAUACGGACAAGCACAUUUUUAUAUCUUGUAAUAUCUAAACACAAAUUUUUAAUUAAUAUUUUAUUUUUAAAUUAAUAUAUAUUUUAUGCAUAAAAUUUAUUUAGUUAGUUCUUUAUAAGCCUUAAUAAAUUUAUAA